AUGAGAAUCGCACGGCCUUCUUUCAACCCCGGGAGGACGAAAAACCUCAUCCAUGGGUUCCAGGGGUUCAUCAUCUUCCUGGCGUGGGCCCUAACCAUCGCUGUUUUCACAAAGGGAGGCGGUAUUGAUGGGCGUUCCGCCUGGUACUUUGCUUUGUGCUGGUUCAGUAUUCCCGGUCUGAUCUACCUCGUGGCCGUGCCCAUGUGGCCGCGCGCACGCCGCUUCGGAAACGUUUAUGCCUUCGCAACCGUCGACUGCCUGUACGCCAUUCUGUGGUUCUCUGCCUGGGUUUGUGUGGCUAGCUAUGUGGCGGAGGGUAAGAGUAAGGGAAGUUCGGACUCUAGUUCCGACUCUAGCUCCAGCUCCAGCAGCAGUAGCUCGAGUUCGUCGAGCAGAAGGGAUACUAGCAGCAGCAGCAGCAAAAGCGGAUGCGAUAACUGGGCCUACGGAAGCGCAAGUAAAUGCAAGGUCAGCACAGCUACUGUGAUUCUGGGCGUUGUUGUCUUCCUGCUCUUCUGCGUCACUGCCUUCAUGUCCUUCCGCAAUGUCUCGCAUUUCCGCCGCACCGGAACCUUGCCCGACGCCGUCUCCGAUCCCACCUUUGCCGCGCAGACAAAGGCCGCCUUUUCCUCGAACCCUGCCCAUGAUUUCGAGGAGGAAGAAGACGACUUCCGCUCCCGUGCUGGUAUCGGUUCUUCUGUCCGUGGCGACCGAGACGAGGACUACGCUCUGCUGCAGCAGAGCGAGGUGGACGAGUUUGGAAACUCGCAUGCAGCACGCUCGGCGCUGUCGGGCACAUACGACCCGACGGUCUCUAGUGGAAGCGUGCUCCACGACUACAACACCAGCUAUGGCGGUGCACACGGCCAACAUUACGGAGGAGCGUCCGAAUUCGGAUCCAGUGUUAGCGGCUAUGGACGCUGA